AUGAGACUACGGGUAUUAGGCCUGCUGGUCGGCCUGCUGGGUCUGGUCUCGGCAUUGUCGGCGCAGGGGAAUAAAUUGUUGGUGGUGUUGGAGGAAGAAGCGGACAAGAGUCGCUACUCACAGUUUUGGAGCAGUCUGAGUGACCGCGGCUUCCAACUCACCUACCGCUCACCCAAAGACACGGGCCUGUCACUCUUCCAACAUGGCGUCCCGGCUUACUCGCACCUUCUCCUCCUGCCCACCAAAGCUAAAGGGCUCGGUCCAGCUCUCACACCAAACCUCAUCGUUGACUUUGUAAACGCUGGAUCCAAUGUCCUGCUCACUCUAUCCAGCGAAGUAGGCAUCCCCAGCGCCAUCAGCAGUCUCCUACUCGAGCUGGAUAUUACUUUACCGGCGGACAGGAAUAGCUUGGUCGUUGAUCACUUCAACUACGAUACCAAGACUGCAGCAGAAGACCACGAUAUUCUCCUCCUACCUAGCCCGAAGCAGGCGAACAACGCUAUCAAGGACUAUUUCUCCGUCGACAGCCUGGUAGCCUUCCCCCACGCCGUAGGACAAGUCCUGGGCAACGCCUCACCCCUACUCUCCUCCAUCCUAAAGGCCCCAAGCACAGCGUACACCUACAACCCCAAAGACGACAGCGGCGACAGUCUCGAAGACGUCUUCGCCUCCGGCAACCAAAUCACCCUCGUCUCCGCCUUCCAAGCCCGCAAUAGCGCCCGCUUCACCGUCGUCGGCAGCGCGGAAGCACUAGAAGAUAAAUGGUUCGACGCUGCUGUCCAAGUACCCGGCGCAGGCAAGAAGAGCGAGAAAACGGGAAAUAAGGCUUUCGCGGAGAAAGUCAGUGCUUGGACGUUCAAAGAGGCGGGUGUGUUGAAGGUGGAGAGUGUAUCGCACUACCUCAACGAAGGUCCCCAGAGCACUCUCACCAACUCCUCCUCCGCCCUGGGACAAGCGAACGUCGAUCUCAACCCGACAAUCUACCGCAUCAAAAACUCCGUCCACUACGCCAUCGCUCUAUCCGAAUGGUCAGGCACACACUGGACUCCCUUUACCCCGGCCGCAGCCGACUCCGUCCAGCUGGAAUUCAGCAUGUUAUCCCCCUUCCACCGCCUCAACCUGAUCCCUUCAUCCCAAACCCCCACCGCGACAAUCUUCACCAGCACUUUUACCUUACCGGAUCAACACGGCAUCUUCAACUUCUUCGUCGAGUAUCGCCGGCCCUUCCUCACGAAUGUCGAGGAGAAAAGGACGGUGACGGUCAGGCAUUUCGCGCAUGAUGAGUGGCCGAGGUCUUUUGUCAUUUCCGGGGCGUGGCCGUGGAUCGGUGGGAUUUGGGUUACGGUUGCUGGGUGGGUGGCGUUCGUGGUGGUGUGGUUGUAUAGUAAGCCGGCCCAGCCGAAGGGGGAUCUUAAGGCGCAGGGGUUUAGGAGGUGA